AUGGACAUUAAGCGUCUAAACAAUAUGAUGAGUGACCAUGGAAUUUACUCAAGAGAGAGGCUUCUCAUACCCAUAAGCAAUCCAGAACUUCUCCAGGACAGCAUCUGCUACAUUGAGUUAGACGGUCAUGCAAAGAGAGAAGUUGCAGUUCUCUAUUUAGAAGGUGGGCCUAAUGGAAAAUCUACUCCUAUUAGUGGUUUCAUCACUGAAAGAAGCAGGAAGAAAAUACUUGAUUCCAUGAAGCGAAGUAUGCAUGUAGAUGAUGAAACUGCAGCAUAUUACUUGUCAAUCUCAAAUAACAAUCCCAGGGCUGCUUUUCUUCAGUUCUCUGAGGACCUUGGGUGGGAGCAAAGGCGAUGA